UGCAGGGAAAUGCGGUCCAGUGAUCAUUCACACGGCUGAUCUUGAAGGCACAAUGAACACCUUGAUUCUCGUCGUCCUGUUAGCUGUCUCAGCAGCAGCCAGUCCACAGAGGAAUUCUUAUUCCUAUGGCCCCCCUCAGGACUCGUCAGAGGAGUCCUACGAGUCGUCAGAGGCCAGGUACGACUUCGACUGGGCCGUCAACCAUGCUGACUCCGGCAACAACUUCGGACACCAGGAGUCCCGCGACGGCGACCGCACCCAGGGAUCCUACUACGUGCAGCUCCCCGACGGCCGCCUGCAGACCGUCAAGUACUUCGUGGACGGCGACUCCGGCUACGUGGCCGAGGUCAGCUACGAGGGCGAGGC